CGCUCAACCGCUGCGCCACCGGGGAGGCCCCCUGACUCUGUGUCUUAUCCCCAAGGAAGAGAGGACCUCACUAGUGAAGAGGGAACCCUCAGAACCGAGGACACCAUGGCUGCGUCAGCCCCUCUGCGGACCCUGGAGGAGGAGGUGACCUGCUCCAUCUGCCUCAAUCACCUGCGGGACCCGGUGACCAUCGACUGUGGCCACGUCUUCUGCCACGGCUGUACCACUGACAUCCCCUCGUUCAUGCGCAGCCGCCCCAUCUGUCCCCUCUGCAAGAAGCCUUUUAAGAAGGAGAACAUCCGGCCUGUGUGGCAGCUGGCCAGCCUGGUGAAGAACAUCGAGCGCCUGAAGGUGGACAAGGGCAGGCAGCAGGGAGAAGCGGCCCAGGAGCAGUCGGACGUGCAGCUGUGCGAGCGGCACCAGGAGAAGCUGUACUACUACUGCGAGGACGACGGGAAGCUGCUAUGCGUGAUGUGCAGGGAGUCGUGGGAGCACAGGUCCCACACGGCCUUCCUGAUGGAGAAGGCCAGGUAGCUGCACAAGGAAAAUAUCCUGAAACACCUGAGUAGCUUAAGGGAAGACCGAGACAAAGUUCAGAACUUACAGACAAAGGGAGAAUCUGAUAUCACAGGUACUCUGGAGAAGCUGCAGGAGCAGAGGGAGGAAAGCAUCAUGGCUGAGUUUGAGCAAGGCCAUCAGAUCCUGAGGGAACAGGAACAACACCUGCUGGACCAGCUGGGGAAGCUGGGGCAGGAGCUCAUAUAGAACAGGGAGCAGUACAAAGCCAGGAGUGCUGAAGAGUUCGCCCGGCUGACACAGGUCAUCUCUGAGCUGGAGGACAAGGCACAGCAGCCGGCUGCAGAGCUCCUGCAGGACUCCAAAGACAUCUUGAACAGGUAA